AUGUCUGGUAACAAAAAGUCAAUACGUAAUGAUUUGUGCACUAAAUGUUUUAAUUUUACUCACCAUGAUUUUCCAUUUCAGUCGUUAUUAAUACCUUCUAUAUGAGAUAAAUCUGUAUUUAUAUGCAACUAAGAGAGAGUGGGGAGGGUGAAUAUCAUUAGAAGCAAUAUAUAAGGAGAAGUAAAGUUGGAGAAACCAUUCAAAUAGUGCAAGGAAGACUUCUUUAAGUUGACUAGUGGUUCCGGCAAAAGAAUGUGUGCCUGUAUCGCAAGAAAUUGAGAACGAUUUAAUUGGUAACAAUCUAUAUUGCCCAGAUUUUGAUGUAUCGCUCCUUGAAGAAGUGUUUGGAGAUCUUGGAAAUCUGAAACGUCAAUUGAUAGAAGUAGAACAAAAACUUUCUCGUUUUUUUAAGAUUCUGUUUAUUAAGCGACAGUACAAUUACUGCGAUCUUAAGUGGUGCGAGUGUCAAACCGAGCAACUUAUUCAAACGAGGAUGAAGUUAUUAGCAGAUAUUCAACAGUUUUCUGACCCUUUUUUACAGAGCUGCCAAUAAAAAUGUUCAACUGUCCUAAGUGUAAUAAAUCUUUCACUUUAAGAAGUAGUGUCCUACGCCAUCUCAAAACGUCAUGUGCUGUUCAAGAACCAGCUCUGAAAAAAAAGGUAAAGAUUACCCAUGGGGGGCAGCGGUAUUGUGAUACGUGUUUUGAGCAUAUUUCGACCCGGGACUAUGUGGGACAUUUACGUACUACCAAACACAAAAAUAAUUCCCUUGUAUUUUCUACUGAAGGUGUUGAUGUAGUUAAGUCGGCCUUCAAAUCUCGCAUAAUAAGCUACAGGAUAACCCCGAACAAGCAAUUUAUUGUUCUGAAAGAAUUUACCAGAUCUUUGACUGAUGUAAUACAAAAAUUGGUACGUGAACAAAUUGGUAUAAUGGGCAGCUUGAAGGUGAACUGCGAGUUAUUUGGUCAUUUUAUUUUGGAAGCAAAGGAACGAGGUGACGUUAAGUCUUUUAAUACUCGAAACCAAAUACUGACGGUGAGCUCCGAUUUAAGUGAAUGGUUUAACGACGUCAUUUCAAAAUUUGAAGCAGACGCCUCAGAAUUUCAAGAGAGAGACUCGGGUAUAAUACAUAUAUAUAUAUAUAUAUAUAUUGUUCGUGUAAUAACUACAUACCUAUUAUUACUUUCAGGAUGGGCUCUGCAACAAUGGUUGUACAUAGAACUUAACAUCAAUAGGUACAAUCCGUUACGAGCGUCAUCCUUUAUACCGACCCCUUCGUUUAUUUCUCGCAAAAGGGCUACAAUCAAUGUUAGAAACAACGACUUCGCGUGUUUUGGUUGGGCGUUGAUGUCAGCUAUCGAUACUCCAACUGGACCUCCAUGUCAACCCGAGUCUUAUCGACAUUAUUCAGAACUGUUCAAUUUUGAUGGAAUCACAUUUCCCGUAAAAUUGGAUGCAAUAGCGAAAUUUGAAGAGAAUAAUCCCUUGUCAAUUAACGUGUAUGGAUUGGAGGAAGAUACGCAGAAGGAUGGUAAAGUUGUUUACAAAAUAGUGGGUCCUUUGCAUUAUACUAAACAGAAAAAGACGUUGCAUGUAAAUCUUCUAUAUUUGACUAGUGUAGAUGGUAAUAGCCAUUAUUGUUGGAUUCAGGAUAUGUCGAGAUUGAUUUCCAUGCAAGUGUCUAAGCACAAAGAGGCAAUUUAUCUUUGCGACGGAUGUCUCGUAUAUUUUGCAACUGAAGAAAAGCUUUGGCGUCAUUCAAUAUUUGAUUGCAACUAUGUUCGUACAUUUUUACCCACAACUGAGCCUAUAGUAACAAAAUGGGGUGAAUCGUCAUUUCAAAAUCAAUUAAAAUUCGAUAACUACCAAAAACGACUGAAACUUCCAUUUGUCGUAUAUGCAGAUUUUGAAUGCUUGCUUAAAUCGAUUCACGGUCCUGAACCAAACCCUCUGCUUCAAUUUACCACCAAUACUUUCGAACACAAUCCGUAUUCUUUUGCGUAUUAUAUUAAGUGUUCGUUUGAUGAUAGCUAUUCAAAAUUUCAAACGUAUCGCGGUCCGGAUGCUGCAUUGCAAUUUGUAAAUAUGAUAGAAAGUGAUAUUAGAACCUUAUACAAUCAACAUUUUAAACACGCUAAACCUUUACCAAAACUAACAAUAGAAGAACAGCGAAAAUAUGAUAGUGCAACCAUUUGUUGGAUUUGCGAAAAGACUUUUCUUGAUGGGGAUGUAAGAGUAUUAGACCAUUGCCAUUGGUCAGGAGUUAUGAGAGGCAUUUCGCACUCUACUUGCAAUUUACAGCUCCAAAAUCCAAAUUUUGUCCCCGUAUUCUUUCAUAAUUUAACUGGAUAUGAUGCUCAUAUGUUUGUUAAAUGCUUGGCUUUAGAGAAUGAAAACAUAGACGUCAUUGCUACUAAUAAAGAAAAAUAUGUUUCCUUUACUAAGCAUAUUUCAGUUGAUCAAAUUGUGGAGAAUGGGGUUCCCAAAAAUGUGAUUUGGCGAAUUCGUUUUGUAGAUAGUUUUCGUUUUUUAGGUAGUUCAUUAAACGUGCUUUCCAAAAAUUUAAGUGACAGUGAAUGUAAUGAAAUAAAAACAUUCUUUGGAACUGGACGCGCAUUUGAGUUAAUUAGGCAAAAAGGGGUGUUUCCAUACUCAUUUGUAGAUGCAUUUGAUAAACUCGAUCAAACUCAACUUCCCAAUAAAGCCGAUUUUUUUGAUAAGCUACAUGAGCAACAUAUUACGGAGGAUGAAUAUUCUCGUGCUCAGGAUGUUUGGAAUCUAUUUCAAUGUCAAACGUUAGGCGAGUACUCAGACAUUUAUUUAAAAUCUGAUGUGCUUUUGUUGGCUGAUAUCUUUGAAAAUUAUAGACGCGUGUGUCUCCAUAAUUACCAACUCGAUCCAGCGCAAUAUUUUACCGCUCCUGGUCUUAGUUGGGAUGCUAUGUUAAAAAAGACAGGUGUAGAAUUGGAGUUGCUAACCGAUAUUGAUAUGCUAAAUUUUUUUAAAGGGGGUGUUCGAGGUGGUGUGAGUACUUGCACCAAACGCAGAGCAAUUGCAAACAAUAAAUUCCUUGCCAAUUACGAUCCUUCGAAACCAAGUUCCUAUAUAGUUUAUCUCGACGCUUGUAACCUUUAUGGUCAUUCAAUGAGGCAAUACCUCCCCCAGCGCGACUUUGUGUGGCUAACACCUCAAGAAAUUAAGAGUUUUGAGGUUUCCAAAAUAUUAGACGAAUCAGAUACGGGUUACGUUUUAGAAGUCGAUUUGGAGUAUCCUGAACAAUUACAUGAAACGCAUAACGAUAUGCCUUUUUGUCCAGAAUCAAUGACCCCUCCAAAUUCUACUUCGAAGUAUCCAAAACUUAUUCCAAAUUUAAAUCGCAAAGAAAAAUACGUCAUUCAUUAUAGGUCUCUAAAGCAAUGUUUACAACACGGGUUAGUUUUGCAGAAAAUUCACAGGGGGAUUAAAUUUACACAAUCACCUUGGCUAAGAACCUAUAUUGAUUUAAAUACCGAACUUCGUAACCGUGAAACCUCAGAGUCCGGUCGCAAUACCGUAAAGACUAUGACUAACAGUAUUUUUGGGAAAACAAUGGAGAACGUGGAUAAGCGAGUUGAUAUUAAGCUUGUAAGUCAUUGGGAAAGGAUCGGUAGGAAACUUGGAGCAGAAGGACAUAUAUCAAAACCGAAUUUUAAAAAUCUUUCAGUAUUUUCGGAAAACUUAGUUGCAGUUCAAAUGUCGAAAGUUUCAGUGACUUAUGAUAAACCAGUGUACGUUGGUUUUUCUAUUUUAGAUUUAUCGAAAACCGUUAUGUAUGAGUUUUUUUACGAUUUCUUAAAGCCAAUGUAUCGUGAGAAGGUAACUUUAUUGUAUACAGAUACCGAUUCCCUCGUGUUAGAGAUUUUUACAGAUAACUUUUAUGAAGAUAUGAUAUCACAUUUGGAUAGAUUUGAUACGUCAAAAUUUCCGGUUAACAAUCUACAUGGUGUCCCCCGUAACAUCUCAGUUGUAGGUAAAAUGAGAGAUGAAUAUUCCGGUGUUCCCAUCUCUAGUUUUUACGGUGCAGGUGCAAAGUCAUACUGUGUAAAUGUAGGUGACCAUGUUGAUAAAAAAGCUAAAGGUGUCAAAAAAUACGUAAUAAAGAACUGUUUGAAAGAGGAUGACUAUAAAAAAGUAGUCGAGGAAGGUGGGGUUAUUAUUAAAAAAAUGAGUGGUUUUCGAUCUCAUUUACACACUAUGUACACAGAAAUGAGAAAUAAGAUAGCGCUAUCAUCCACAGAUGAUAAGCGAUACGUUAUCCCUGGCACCGUUAAAACAUUGGCAUGGGGUCAUCGUGAUAUUAAAUCAAUUAAAAGCUUGAACGAUUUGAUUAACUCCUUCCAAUAAAAAUUAUAAUAUUUACAAUAUAUAUAUUUAGAAAAAAAAUGUUA